AAAGACCCCGUCCAGUCCACGCUUCUAUCAUCUUCGUUUCUUCUUCCGCCUUUCUUUGAAACGUGACUUGACUUUCUUCUCCAAAAAACACCUUAAUCUCUCUUUUUUCUCUCUUCUGCAAUUCUCUCUCUUCUUCAAAACUCCACACUAGUUUUCACCUGAAAAUCAUCAUCAUCAUCAUCUUUUUCUUCUUCUUGUUUUGUUCAAGAUGACGACUAUGGGAAGUUUAAUCGGAUUAGUGAACAGAAUCCAACAAGCUUGUACUAAGCUUGGUGACUAUGGCGGUUCCGAUAACAACAACACCUUCUCUUCUUUAUGGGAAGCUCUUCCUUCCGUCGCCGUCCUCGGUGGUCAGAGUUCAGGUAAAUCUUCGGUUUUGGAAAGUAUCGUUGGACGUGACUUUCUUCCUAGAGGAUCAGGGAUUGUGACAAGGCGUCCAUUGGUGUUGCAGCUUCAUAAGAUAGAUGAUGGUGAAAAGGAGUAUGCUGAGUUUCUUCAUAGACCGGGGAGAAAGAUAACCGAUUAUGCCAUAGUACGCCAGGAAAUUCAGGACGAAACUGAUAGAAUUACGGGAAAAACAAAGCAAAUAUCUCCUAUUCCAAUUCAUCUUAGCAUUUAUUCUCCAAAAGUUGUCAACCUAACUUUGAUUGAUUUACCGGGGUUGACUAAAGUCGCUGUAGACGGACAGCCUGAGAGUACUGUUCAAGAAAUUGAAGACAUGGUUCGAUCUUAUGUUGAGAAGCCUAAUUGUAUCAUACUGGCUAUAUCUCCAGCCAACCAGGACAUAGCAACUUCCGAUGCUAUCAAACUUUCUAGGGAAGUGGAUCCCUCAGGUGAGAGGACAUUUGGAGUGUUGACAAAGCUGGAUUUGAUGGACAAAGGAACUAAUGCAUUGGAUGUCCUUGAAGGGAGAUCUUAUCGUCUGCAACAUCCUUGGGUUGGUAUAGUAAAUCGAUCUCAAGCAGAUAUCAACAAAAAUGUUGAUAUGAUUGUUGCUAGACGCAAGGAGGUCGAGUAUUUUGAAACCAGUCCGGACUAUGGCCACUUAGCCAGUAAAAUGGGUUCAGAGUACCUUGCAAAACUUCUCUCAGAGCACUUGGAGAAAGUAAUUAAGGCACGUAUACCUAGUAUAACAUCUUUGAUAAACAAAAGCAUCGAAGAACUUGAAUCAGAGAUGGAUCAUCUUGGGAGACCAAUUGCUGUUGAUGCGGGGGCGCAACUAUACACCAUCCUUGAACUUUGCCGCAAAUUUGAGCGGGUAUUCAAAGAGCAUUUAGAUGGAGGACGGUCAGGAGGAGAUAGAAUAUAUAAUGUCUUUGACAAUCAGCUUCCUGCUGCUUUACGGAAGCUUCCAAUUGACAAACAUCUGUCUCUUCAAAAUGUGAAGAAAGUGGUGUCAGAGGCAGAUGGUUACCAGCCUCACUUAAUUGCCCCAGAGCAAGGUUACCGGCGACUGAUUGAGGGGACUCUCAGUUUCUUUAGAGGCCCAGCCGAAGCUUCAGUCGAUGCUGUUCACUUCGUUUUAAAAGAACUUGUGAGAAAAUCAAUUGGUGAAACUGAGGAACUUAGACGUUUCCCUACUUUUCAAGCCGAACUAGCUGCAGCUUCAAAUGAGGCUCUAGAGAGGUUCCGCGACGAGAGUAAGAAGACAACUAUUCGGCUUGUGGAUAUGGAGUCUACGUAUCUUACUGUGGAUUUCUUCCGGAAACUUCCUCAAGAAAUGGAGAGAGCUGGACCAGCUGGUAAUCCAGCUCAACCUACUAAAUCAGCUCCACCUACUAAUCCAUCUCAACCUACUAAAUCAGCUCAACCUACUGAUCCAUCUAAUCGUGCCGGCUCAAAUGAGGAUCGAUAUGGUGAUGGGCAUUUUAGAAGGAUUGGAUCAAAUGUGUUAUCCUACAUAGGUAUGGUGUCGGAAACACUCAGGAUCACUAUUCCAAAGGCUGUGGUUUAUUGUCAGGUCAGAGAAGCAAAACAAUCAUUGCUAAACUAUUUCUACACACAAAUAGGGAAGAAAGAGGCUAAACAGUUAGCAGAGUUGUUAGACGAAGAUCCUACCGUGAUGGAGAGAAGACAACAAUGUUUUCAAAGGCUUGAACUAUAUAAAGCAGCAAGGGAUGAAAUUGAUUCGGUUUCUUGGGUACGAUGAGCUUGGUUUCUAUUUGACUGUCUUCAGUGUGUUGUAUUAUAUGUAGCCUACAGUUAAUGAUGGUGGUUUGAUACACCUAAAUUUGAUUUUUACAGUUUGUAAGUAUUAUUUUUCUCGAUUUUUGUAUGACCACAUUAUUAGUUGAUUAAUAUUUGAUCAGCAACACAGACCACAAACUAUUCAAUUUUGAUCAAAAUUGAAAACCACAUUAAUUCUA